CUGCCAUCUUGAAUAUACAGUAAUGCCUACAGUGUGAGCCACUUCACUGACGGAGAGCUGGAAAGAGAGAGCGAGAGAGAGAGAGAGAGAGAUACAGAGAGAGAGAGAGACAGACAGAGAGACAGAGAUUAACUCGAGACACGUAUCAUUUUAAACAAGAGGAAUACAUCUCUCUAUAUAUUUUUUCUUUUCUGUUUUUUUCUCUCUCGCCCCACUCGGAUAGCUGGACAUGCUAACCGUCGCUGAAGGAUCCGACUCGGGCAAGCGGACACGGUCGAGCCGUCGAGAUUUCUCCGCGUCGACAUUUUAACGAAUUGAUCAUUUUUUAAUUUUUUUGGCUCAGAGACAACAAGAGAAAACGAGAGAAAGUAUUAAAACCGGUAGUUUUUGUGAUAUAUGUAACGUUUUUCUGAGAGAUAGAGAGAGAGAGAGAGAGAAAGAGAGAGCUCGCGCGGAAUGUGAAUACAGCUCGUUAGCGUCGUUAGCAAUUUCUCCUCUUUUCUCUGUUUUUUUACAUUUUAUUUUCUUAUUCUGGCUAUUCAGUAGAUUCAUUUGUCUCUAUUUUAAUCGUAAACGCUUUUAUUGAUCUACCUCCGUGUCCUUUUAACAGCGGGUGAAUGUGAAUAAGGUUCACGACUUUCCAAUAAGUGAGAAACGUUUUGUGGGGUUUUUUCAGUUGUAAAUUUAGACGUCUGUUUUGAGAAAGAAAAAAAAAACUACAUCGUAUGUAUAUGUAUUUAGACCACCAUCUAAAACCAUGAAGGUGGCUAGUGGUGUGGUUAUUAAUCCUUCGUCCCAGAGAGAAGCGAUCAGAUUGAGCUGUGAGCUGUGACCGUUUGCCUCGAGUGGAUCACAUUGGGAUCUGUUGUUGAUUAGUUUGGAUUAGGAAAUUGAUUCAGUAUGGGAUCUGUAGUUGAUCGUGUGGUCCAUCUAAUCAACAUUAAUAACACAGAGAAAUAAUCUACUAUUGUGCUUUUUACUCGUAUAAUUUCUGUCUCUCUUUUUGGUCUCUUUUUUUUUUUUUUUUUUUUUUUUUUUUUGGAGCUGUAACGAUUUAUUUGAUCGAGUAAUCCCUCCGGAUCCAGUGGAUCGAUAGGUCUUUAUUGGGAACUUGUAAUUCUUGGGAUUUUUUCCCCCUCCCAUCAGCAUGGAUGUGUUUUAAAGCGAGUGAACACUGGUAAAGAGAGUGAACAGGGACAUUACUGGAGGCCUGACGGAUUCUGAAGGAAGGAUCUACUGGGUUUUAAAAAGGACCAAAAUAUAUAUAUAUAAAAAUAAUUAUAUAUAUAUAUAUAUAUAUAAAAUGGGUUCUGCGACAAAACUGGCCUUCGGAGUGUUCCUCAUCUCGUGCUCCUCAGGCGCCAUCCUGGGACGCUCCGAGACACGCGAGUGUGUGCACUACAACUACAGUCCGAGCUCGGAGCAGCAGGGCAACCGCACCGGCAUCGAGGCCUGCGUAGGAGACAAGGACAAGCGGCUGCACUGCUUCGCCACGUGGCGCAACUUGUCUGGGAACGUAGCAGUGGUGAAGCAGGGCUGCUGGCUGGAUGACGUAAAUUGCUACGACAGCACGGAGUGUGUGGAGAGGAAAGAGGACCCCGACGUGUUUUUCUGCUGCUGCGAAGGCAACAUGUGCAACGUGAAGUUUUUCUACAACCCGGAUGCGCAGCCCAUACAGAGUAAGACUCCGAUCACCGACCGAAGCAGUGGAGUUUUUAAGGCUACGUCUAACCCAUUUACCCAGAAGCCGCCGCUGUUCAGCACCCUCCUGUACUCGCUGGUGCCAAUCAUGGGCAUCGCUGCCAUCGCCCUCCUCUCCUUUUGGAUGUAUCGGCAUCACAAGCUGGCGUAUCCGCCCGUCCUGGUGCCCACGCAGGACCCUGGCCCCAUGCCCCCUUCGCCCGUCCUCGGGCAGAAGCCACUGCAGUUGCUGGAGAUUAAAGCUCGCGGUCGGUUCGGCUGUGUGUGGAAAGCUCAGCUGCUCAACGAUUAUGUGGCUGUCAAGAUCUUCCCUAUUCAGGAUAAGCAGUCUUGGCAAAAUGAGUAUGAGAUAUACAACCUUCCUGGCAUGAGGCACGAGAACAUCCUCCAGUUUAUCGGCGCAGAGAAGAGAGGGGCCAACCUGGACACUGAGCUGUGGCUCAUUACAGCUUACCACGAAAAGGGUUCGCUGACUGACUAUCUGAAGGCCAACGUGGUGACGUGGAACGAGCUUUGCCACAUCGCUCAGACCAUGGCACGAGGUCUAGCAUACCUCCAUGCCGAUGUCCCUGGCCUCAGGGACAGGCACAAGCCAGCCGUUGCUCACAGGGAUAUCAAGAGUAAGAACGUGCUGUUGAAGGCUAAUCUGACAGCCUGCAUCGCUGAUUUUGGCCUGGCCUUGAGGUUCGAGGCCGGCAAAUCUGCCGGGGACACACACGGACAAGUGGGAACGAGGCGCUACAUGGCUCCCGAGGUGCUGGAGGGGGCCAUCAAUUUCCAACGAGACGCCUUUCUCAGGAUAGACAUGUACGCCGUGGGCCUGGUGCUGUGGGAACUGGCAUCCCGCUGCACAGCCGCAGACGGUCCAGUGGAUGAGUACAUGCUGCCUUUUGAGGAGGAGGUGGGUCAGCACCCCACUCUGGAGGACAUGCAGGAGGUGGUGGUGCAUAAAAAGCUGAGGCCCACGCUACGCGAGUGCUGGCACAAACAUCCGGGUCUGAGCAUGCUGUGUGAGACCAUAGAGGAGUGCUGGGACCACGAGGCUGAGGCUCGUCUCUCAGCGGGCUGCGUAGAGGAGCGCGUGCUACAGGUGCAACGCCUCACCAGCAUUUCUGCCCCCGAUGACAUCGUCACCGUCGUAACCAUGGUGACAAACGUGGACUUUCCACCCAAAGAAUCCAGCCUAUGACUAGAGGAGAACAGCGUGUGAUGUCACGCGGGCGAAAAAAACAAAACAAAAACGCAUAGCUCAGAGCUGCUAGCUCGAAAUCCCUGGUGAUUGUACUGUAUAUUAUGUUGGUUGCGGUCACCAACGCUGGAUUUUACCAUUUACGUGCUCGUUUCAGCAGCACUACGCGUGUGUCUGUGUGAAAACUCAUGUCAUGGGGCCUUCUGGACAGGCUGAGCAGAUUUCAGUCCAACAAGAGGACCUCAGGCGACACACACUCUCUCACUUUUAGCAACUGGACAGCAUCACAUGUGAAGCUAUUGACUGGUGUUUGUCUUUUUUUCAUCUGAACGAGAGAGAGAGAGAGAGAGAAUUUUUCUCUGAGAAAAGGAGAAAAAGAAAAACUUUUCUUUAUUUCAGUGUAAAAAAAAGAAAGAAAAAAGGGCAACAGUACUUUCUAAAAACACAUUUGACUUGUUGCAAUGCCAAUAAGAAACAGCUUCUGAAUGUCUACUGUGUCACUGCUGUAUAUUCAACCGAGAGGGUGAAAAAAAAAAUCGAUUGUUUUGUAUCUCUGGAUUUCCCUCCCAGCGUUUCUGUCAAAUAACCACGAACCUCUCUCGACAAGGUAUACCUCAGUUUCUCAUCCUAAUAACAAGUUUGUUUUGUAACACUAAUAUAAAGGAAAAAAAUAUGAAGCUUUCCGUCGACCUGCAAUGGGCACAGAAGCUUUUUAAUACGGGGGAAAAACCUUUUUUAAUCUAUAUCUAUAUAUAAAUAUAUAGAUUAUAGAUAUAUAUAUAUAUAUUAUAAAAUGACAGAUUAUGCCAAGAAAAUAUGGCCAUUCAUAAACCAGUGUUUUCUGCCUUCUUUCUAUUACUUCAUGUCUUUUCUGUGUUGCCCUGCUGUUUAAAAUGUGACUGUUUUUGAACAUUGUGACAAAUUGAUUGUAAAAAAAAAAAAAAUCAGUUUUUAGAACUUUAUCGAAAACCUGUUGAGAAGAAAAAUCCCUGAAAUAUAUGAAUUCUGUGAAAAUAUGAAAGCACUUACCAGUAUAGGUUUGCAGUGUCCUCACAGCAAUUGACAUAUGUGCAUGCCUUGUAUUUCUUUUUUCUCUUGUGCGUGAAAUCUUGAGCAGUCGUCAAUCUUCUCCCUUCUUCUUCUUUUUUUUAAUCAUUUGCUUCAGUUACAAUCCAUCUUCGAUCAGGGUGUUGUGUUUUCAUUGUUUUGCAGAUCCUCAUCUGCUUCCCAAGUUAAUUCUAGACCGGCUUCCUUUACCCCAAUCCCAGCCCCAGUGUAAAUAUGUACAAAUCUAGCCUCAGAUUAGCGGCUACAUGUCACAACAUUUGAAUAUUUCAUGUCUCAGGAAGCCCUUAUCUUUUGAGCGUUUCUCCUCUGGUGCCAUUCUGGUGAUCCACGUUGUAUUGUGUAUGCAAGAGGCCUUCAUAACAUCCUUUCUUCAUCUGCUCCACCCUGGAUAUCACUAACUGGACAUUUUUUUUCCCCACUUUGUAGCUUGAUGCGUUUUUAAGCACCAAGCUAUAAGAUGCCAUACAAAAAGGUUUAGACCGAGUCUAAGACUUGCACACAAGUAUUAUCUUGAUAUGCUGGUGUCAUGAACAGUGGGCCUACGGUGACUACUGAACUGCUGAAAAGAUUCAGGUCGCUGUUGGUGGUUUUUUGGGGGUUUUUUUUAAAUCAUCAUACACCAUCCUAAAGCGUUCAGGUCUACGCGACCAUAUGCAAGCGUGCUCUCAACUCCAGCAUUUCCAGUCGACCUCUCACAUUCGCGUGCAUCGUGCUGCUCAUCUUUCUGACCAGGUGCCAACGUAUAUCAGUGCAAGAGCGCACAAACUUUUCUCAGAGAUCGCCUGUCCUAGUGCUCAUUCUACCUUUGCAGCUCUGGAACAUGAUUUUAUUUGCACGGUGCUGACUGGCCGCUAGCUUUUAAAGGCCACGUUAGCAUUUUCGGAUAAGUAUUCGUCGAAACACCAGGUGAGCUCUUUUGCUUGUGGAAGGCUGGUUUGCCUGCAGUCUCAGCCUGGAUUCAAGCCUUUAGGCUACAUGCUAACAACUACUAUUGUUUAGUAGCUUCUGUUCAUGUAUAAUCCAUGUAGCUGUUUCUUUUUUUUUUAAAGCCUUGUCAAUGUAACCUUGUGGGUGUGUCUGAAAUGGAGAUUGGGAAGGUAUUGAUUUUAAUCAAAAUCCAGUCUAAUCUAAUAGGGAGAGCAAUACAAUGGUUUGUGUAUUCAUUUCCGUUUUAAGAUGUAAACAGAGUAUUCGGUAAAUAGUUGGCCUGUUAUCGUCAGGGCUUAUUUAGUAAAUUUGUUCCAUCUAGGUUAAUGGUUUUCAAGUGUUGUGAUACUUACAUAUAAAUACAUGUAAAUAUUUGAGUCAGUUGUAGGCGCUAUUUUGUGAAAAUCUGAUUUUACAGCCUCUUCCCUAUCUGUCACUUGAAGACGGUUCAGUUGGGAGGGCCACGAUGAACCCUAUGGGCUAUUGUUUUGUAUCAUUUAUACCUUAACCAGCAGGUGGCAAUAAUUACGGCUUUCAAUCUUCACUGCCCUGGACAGCUGUCUCACAAACCAAAUUUCUCUACAAGUGCACUAUAUGGCCAAAAGUUUGUGGACACCUGACCAUCACAUCCAUAUGUGUUCCUUCCCCAAACCGUUGCCACAAAGUUUGAAGCACACAAUUGUAUAGAAUGUCUUUGUAUGCUGUAGCAUUACAAUUUCCCUUCACUGGAACUAAGAGGUCCAAACCUGAUCCAGCAUGACAAUGCCCCUGUGCACAAAGCGAGCUCCAUGAAGACAUGGUGUGUGAAGGUUGGAGUGGAAGAACUCGAGUGUCCUGCACAGAGCCCUGACCUCAACCCCACUGAACACCUUUGGGAUGAACUGGAACACCGACUGAACCCCAGACCUCCUCACCAACAUCAGUGCCUGAUCUCACUAAUGCUCUUGUAGCUGAAUGAUCCCCACAAAUCCCCACAGCCACUUCCUCCAAAAUCUAGUGGAAAGCCUUCCCAGAAGAGUGGAGCUUAUUAUAACAGCUAAGGGGGAAAAUCUGGAAUGGGAUGUUCACCAGGUACAUAUGGGUGUGAUUGGUCAGGCGUCCACAAACUUUUUACCAUAUAGUGUGUCUUCACAGAAACAUGCUGCCUCCUUAAAGACAGGACUGUAUAGAGGUUUCCGUUUCAGACACACCCAGGAUCUUCAGUGUUAUUGUGAUGAUCGGGGCCAUAAAUCCUGUUUUGAGAGACUUCGCAAAAAGCCGGCCCUGCAUUUCCUUUACUCACUUUAAUAAUCUGGCAUUUGAAUAAUAGAUGAUGCAUUGGGUCACGUGUGAGCAUAAAAAAAAAGACCCUUUAACAUCUGAUCUCCCCUUAUUCACCCCUGCACCAUGUCCUCCCCCUGAGCUUCCCUUCCCUCAUGUUGGCAGAAGACUGGCUUGAACAGUGCACCGUGUGUAAAUAUGAAUAACGUUUUAGAUUGUGAAAAAUAGCAUGAGGUUGUUUUUUUAUGGUCUCAAAAGCAAAAACACUUUAUUAAUAUUAUGACAAAAUAAUAUUUUAUUGUUGUUUAUUUUGUAUAUCUGUAUUUUAGGUUGUUUUAUUAAUUUAUGUCACAGCCCAAACAGGUUAUUUUUAUUCCGAAUAAAUGAGAAGUGGUUUUGCUCUAUUUAUACAACUGGUCUAGUGAAACACUAAAAAAAGAAAAAGAAAACAAACAAACAAACAAAAAAAAAAAAACACUGAUCUUGUCUCUUUACCUCAGACUUCCCGGUUCUGACUUGACGUUAUCACAACACGAAUAAGCAGUGUAGCACGACAGACAACAUGGUGCAAGCGUUGUGAAACAUGUAACAUUUAAUGGGAAUCGACCAGCAGGUUCUCUCCUCUUCUUUCUUUUUCUCCUGGCAACAAGACGCACUUUGUGGUUUUUAUUAACUUUUUUUUUUGCUCACUGCAAUGCCACUGAUCAUCGCCGUACCAAAACUGACCAUCUUGGGUGCACGCGACUGUAUUACCUUAAUCUCGGACACGCCAUUUGAGUAAAAGUAUUUAACAGUCAUAUUCAGGGCCUGGUUGGAAGUCGUUGUUACAUAUUGUACAGAUGAAAUUUUAUGCUACUCCUCCCUUCGAAUAAAGUAUAGUGACUGCUCUGA